AUGGGAGCAAAAGUCGGAAAAUUAUUAGUUGCUGUUAGUUGCAUUGUUGGCGGUUUGGUUAUAAUUCCGUUCAUCACCGUUCCUACACAUAAAAACGUGUUAACAAUUGGUAAUUCUAUCUUUAUUGGAGCUGGUGCUGCUGAAAUUUUUGCUUGUCUCUUUGGAAAACAGUCAUGGGGUGAAUUCUGGAAAAAACUGGGUAUAUGGGCAUUAAUUGGUUUCAUUACAACUUGUGCAAGCUUCAUCGCCAUUAAUUGCGUAAAGCAGCUCAAUCUAGUUGCUACUCGAUUAGAGAAUCACUUUUCGAAUGCCUCAAAACAUGACAUUUCAGCCUUAUUAAGUGCCGGUUCAGCAAUUUUCAGCACAGGUGUCACAAAUUUAAUUGAAGGGGGACCAAUUGUAGCUUCAGCAUUCUUUGGUGGUCUAUUAACCUAUGGAAUAUUAUAUGGAUCUGGAAAUUUUUAUGAGAAAACUAUCGGAUAUAUAAAAAAAUUGUGUCAGAUAACCAUAAAACACAAGAAUAAAGUCGCUCUCUAUAAUAUUACCAAUUUUCUCGAGUUUACCCCAAUUGAAACCAAACUUUAUAAAGGUUCUGAUGGUGAAAAUAGUACUAUGCCGAGUACUCAAACUGCUAAUGUUGUCGACGUCUUGGAAUCACGUUCUUGGAACGAAGGAGCAAGAAUUUAUUCUACGAGAGAUUCUAUUGAAACUUUUAGAUCUCAAUCUGAAAGAUAUAAUUAUCCCAAAAUUACCUCUGAAUUUGGUGACGAGGUUGACUCUACUUUAACGAACACAACAGUUCCUGAAUAUGUGUAUUCUUACGCUUAUUCAGAUACCAAUAUGUCAAUCGCUUCUUCUUCAUCAAAUGCUCCUUUGAUUAAUCACACCCGAGCUACAAAUGAAAAUUUUCUUUCUCCUCAGUCCAAUUGGUCUGUUAUGAGUAGCCAAAAUAAUCAAGACACGAUUAUGACCAACGAGUUUAAUCAAUCUAAUCAAUCUGAAAAGAACACACGUUUAUCGGUCAAACUCCACCCAAUAAUAUGCUGGAAUAUGGAUGAACAAAAAUAUUUCUUUUCCAAUCCGAGUUUAUUUUCAACUUUUUCUAAUAAUGUCAAAGUUGUGGGAUUCAUCGGAACAAAAAAGUCUGGGCGUACUACAGCCAUUCACAGCCUCUUAUUUGAAUUGGGAUAUUACCUAACUGAAGAACAACUAGCAAAAUCUUUAUUGCCAGUCGGUGUGAUGAUGUACGUUCUAAAAGAACAUGAUUUGAUACUUCUGGAUUGUUGUGAUAUUGCAGAUUCUGUUACAGCUAAAGCUGGUAAUCUUCUCUCAGGGUAUCUACUUGAAUUCUUUACUUACAUGGCUUCCAGUCAUCUGGUUAUUCAUACUGCAAUUCCUCAAGAAACAGAAAGUGAUCAGUCCAUGUUUUCGGAACAACUUACUAGUUAUAUUCAUUCUAAAGCCAAGUUACUGUUACUAUGGGCCAGCACAAUUCAAACGCGUGGACCAUCAAUGCUUACAGUUUUAGUGCGCGGCUCUAAACAACAAUGUGAAACGUUAGAUAUAUCCAGAAUCAAUUUGUUUUCUUCUCAGACCAAUAUAAUGAAUCCUAAUAAUGAUGAUAAAAUUAUAUUCACUCGAGGAUUUCAAAACUCGAAAGCAUUUGCCUGGCAAUAUAUUCCCGAAGAAAUUAUUACCGCACGCACUCUUACAAAUGACAAUUUUGCAGUUUUUUCAACAAUUUUAAAACGUAUUAAAGAUGAAACUGAACUUCACGGACUUUCUUUCUCUAAUGGAAUUCAAAUGAAUUGGCAGUACCUCUUUACUAAAAUCAUGUCAAAUAGCAUCCUUUCACAAAGCGUCUCUGACCUUAUCAAUUAUGAUAUAGUUCAAGUUGAUGAUGAAAAAACGGGUGGUUUGAUUCAAGAAUAUAUUAACUCAGUAAAUAGGCUCGUUGAAAACUCUGCAAUUCAAGGUUCAGUAUUGGCGACCAAAUAUAAAACGUUAUGUGAAGAUUUUAAGAGGCGAAUGGAUAUUGAAAAGAACAAGCCUGAUGAUGAAAAAGAUCCUAUUAUUGGCCUCAAAAUAAAUAUUGAAAUUGCAAAAUGUCUUCUUGAAAGUUCGAUAUCAGAAACUGAUUUACAAACAAAAGACAAUUUGAUUUCUUGGGGACUUCAUGGUUUAACAUUGAUUCAGAAUCGUUCAUUAAAGAUCUAUGAACACACAUGGAUAAAGCUUUGUAUCAAGACGUAUAAUAUACUCGAUCUCCUGAACACGCCUAUUUAUAAUACCUAUUGGCACUGCUGGAAUUUUCUGUCAUUCGUCAGCUCUUGUGGUUUCAAAUUAGAACUUCUUAAGUGGCAAAUAUUGGAACGUGCAUUGUACUGCCUUAAAACAUCAUCCAACAGACCUCGAUUUCAUUUUCAUGUUCUCAAUUGUUUUCUCAACUUUGUUGAGACUGAACCCUAUCUUCCAGUGAGAAUUUGCCUCCCACCUAGUGAUGAGAACAACCAAACUUCAUUAAAUGAGGAUCAAUAUUACCGACUUGAACGGACAGUUUAUUACGGAAUUACCGAAUACUCAAAAAAGUGCGUUCGCGAAGCUGCAGAGCAACAACAGUCAACGAACAUGGAAAAAUAUUUAGAGGAGAUUAAGGAUAUUGUUAGCAAACAAUUCAAAGUCUUGUCAAAUUACAUGUCACUUUCAUCAGUAACGCCAGAAUCUUUCUCAGCCCUAGAUGAGCAUCAACAAUUUACUAUUGUUGGUACUGCUUUAGCACGCUUGAACACCGAUAUUGCUUUUUAUAUCUCUAAGCAUAUCUUUGGCGGUGAUAAAUUAAUUGAUCUCUUUUUCCCAGAUUCUCCUAUUGAGGUAUUACAGGACUACCAUGAAACAGUUCGUGAUUGCAGAUGGUUGUUUUUACAACGAAUUGCCAGCCUUCAAGAUGAUGAAUGCACUCGCAACCUAAUUGAAAGUACUCUUCACCGGGUUGUUAAUUUUUUAAAAAAAUUUCCACGCAAUGAAGCAUCAGAUUCAUACGCAAUUCUCUACGUAAAUACCUUAGUUUUUGCUGAAUGUAUCAUGCAAAAACGCCGACGAACUGCGGAACAAAGGAAAAAGGAAACCUUACCAUCCAGACAACAAAUGACCAUGAGUGACUUCAAUAUAAAGAAAAGAAAGGUUGAAGAUGAAGGAGAUUUUGGUGUGGUCCGUAUGGCAUUACUCUCACAGAAAUGUCUCAAACCUGUCUUAAAAGAACUUUUGCGUGGUCUGAAAUCUCAAGAUUUUCAGACCUACCUUAAAUCAAACAAAGUCCGACGUUAUGCAUUAUAUAUCGACAACUUAUUGUUUGCUCCACAUAAUUCUCAUAUUUUUGCUUUAUCUUUAGAUGAGAUUUCCAUUAAUGAUCGAAACUUGCUUCGAGUAAUGGUCUUUCAAGCGAUAGAUAUUUGCAUAAAAGCUUUCUGGAAACGUCAUUUAGGAAAGGAGGAACUUGCUGCUGCAACAACUCAAUUAUCAAUUAUUCAUAAUACACGAGCACUUAUAAGAUUGUUGAAUCGAAUUUAUUGGAUGAUAGCCAAAAAUAAGGAAUUUGAAAGUAUCAGAGGUCCCUCUAUUAUUUUUGGUUCACAAGAUUACAUAACAUCUGGUUCUAUUCAUUCGCUUAUUUCCUCUGAUAACACACUUUCCUCAGAAAUUCUGGCAGACGAUAUGAUUCAACGUAUUGGCCCUAAAAAUUGGCUAAACCUUGUAACCCUAACUUCCAUUCCACAUAUCUUAUCUUAUAAUAUUUCCAAAAUUGAUCCCGAUAAUUCCUUAAACCUUCUUGAGACUGUACUUGAUGUGAAAAGUGAUGCAUUAAUUCUUCUUUGGAAUCUUGCGGAAUGUAGUGAUGUCUCACUCAAAGGAUCAAAAAAUGUUAUGACCACCAAUAAUUUCCGACCGACGAAUGUGGUUUGCGAAUUCUCUGACGCAUCAUCCUUUGAUGAGAAUGGAAUUAACAGGGUUAAAUUUCUUGUUGAUCGUGUUGUUAGUAAGGUAGAUAGUAAUAAUAUAGUUGACGUUUCUGAAAUUACCAAUCAAGAAUUGCAUAAUCGACUCGAAUCUGGAAAGACGCGAGCUAUUAAGUUGAAAAAGCAGGCAGAAAUCUCCGAGAAUAUUGAAAAACAAAUGGAAGAACAAAGAUUAAAACCCAAUAUUCAAGCAAUGACAGAGGCUAGAUUAAAGAGAUUUAGUAAUAAUUAG